GAGAGGCCGUUCUUCGUGCCCGAAGUCGUCUGCCGGGCGAAGGCGUCCAGAGCAGGCGAGAGCAGCCGCCGCCCCGACCCGGCCCAGAGCCUCGGCCCGACACCAUGUCCUCCGCCAGGUUCGACUCCUCAGACCGCUCCUCCUGGUACAUGGGGCCGGUGUCUCGCCAGGAGGCGCAGAACCGGCUCCAGGGCCAGCGCCACGGCAUGUUCCUCGUCCGCGACUCCUCCACCUGCCCCGGGGACUAUGUGCUGUCGGUGUCCGAGAACUCGCGAGUCUCCCACUACAUCAUCAACUCACUGCCCAACCGCCGUUUUAAGAUCGGGGACCAGGAGUUUGACCACUUGCCGGCCCUGCUGGAGUUCUACAAGAUUCACUACCUGGACACCACCACCCUAAUCGAGCCUGCGCCCAGGUAUCCAAGCCCACAAAUGGGAUCUGUAUCAGCACCCAACCUGCCUACAGCAGAAGAAAAUCUGGAAUAUGUACGGACUCUCUAUGAUUUUCUUGGGAAUGAUGCUGAAGACCUGCCCUUUAAAAAAGGUGAGAUCCUGGUGAUAAUAGAGAAGCCUGAAGAACAGUGGUGGAGUGCCCGGAACAAGGACGGCCGGAUUGGGAUGAUUCCCGUCCCUUAUGUUGAAAAGCUCGUGAGAUCCUCACCACAUGGAAAGCAUGGAAAUAGGAAUUCCAACAGUUAUGGGAUCCCAGAACCUGCUCAUGCAUAUGCUCAACCUCAGACCACAACUCCUCUACCUGCAGUUUCCAGUACUCCUGGGGCAGCAAUCAACCCAUUGCCGUCCACACAGAAUGGACCUGUCUUUGCAAAAGCAGUCCAGAAAAGAGUUCCCUGUGCUUACGACAAGACUGCCUUGGCAUUAGAGGUUGGUGAUAUUGUGAAAGUCACAAGGAUGAACAUAAAUGGCCAGUGGGAAGGUGAAGUGAAUGGGCGCAAAGGGCUUUUUCCUUUUACGCACGUCAAAAUCUUUGACCCUCAAAACCCAGAUGAAAAUGAGUGAUUGCCGUUGGCCCUGUUUUCUACUGCUUAGUUAUUCUGUCCGUCAUAGUCUCCUUUGAGGGAAAGCAUUCUAUUUCAUAGGCAAGUUACACUGCAUUGCCGAAGUCCAGCUUUCUGCAGACUGGCGGUCUCAUACAUGUUUGGAAUGCACACAGUGGCUGCCUCGGCAUUUGUAUCAUAGUUGUAUUGUCAAAGAGUAGCGGAUUUUAGAGUUCUUUUGGAUCAUAAACUGGAAAUACUGGUGGAAGCACACGAAUGGAAAGAAGUUGACGAGGGAAGGGUCCUUCUCAUCACUGCCCUGUUGUACUUGUGACUGAUUCUGUCAUGUUCAUCAGAGAAAGCUUGAGGCCAUGGCGAGACAUUGCACAUUACUGUUCCACAAGCAGCGGCUCAGUUCUAGUUUGUUUUUUCUUUAAAGAGCAGAGCAAGUGAACCUUAAAGAAGAGGAAAUUCUGUCCUAAACUCCCCAUAUCUGGCUCUUCUCUUUUUUUCUUUUGGUUUGGUUUUGGAAGACUUAAUUAGGCUUGUGUGUUCUGAACAGGCUUUUAAGUAGCACAUUGGAUUUUUGUGAUAUCACAAGGAAUGACACGUGCCUCUCAGCUUCCAAAUUGAAGCUACUGUAACUGAGGAAAUGAAAAUACAAAUCUGAAAUGGAGGCCUGUAUUGUCUUGGUUGGCAGUGGUAUCUUUUAGCCAUAUAGCAAACAACACCAAAAAAAUCAGCAGUCGUGGUAUGCCAAGCUGUGUGGGCAGCUUCUUGGAUUACAUUGUCCCCAACAGCAACAAUAUGGAGGGUGGUUUGGGGAAACCUUUGCCCAUCUUCCCACCUUAUUUGCCAAUGACAGAAGCAUAUGGGGAGGGGGGUUCUUGGCCAGUUUUCUGUCCUGUGGUUCAGUGAAUAAACCCCUUUAAGGUAUAAGACUUAAGUUUCUUUAAAAAGGGAGGUUGUUCAUAGAAUCAUCUAAUUCAUUAAUGAAUCUUUAAAUUCUCUCUGAAGCCUAGUCCUCCCUGCUACAGCCUGGACUCACCAGGCUGCAAGAGAAAGAUGGUGCUGCUAAUACUGGUUCUACAGUCUGUGUGCCCAUGAUGCUCUCCAG